AUGUCUCCCCGCCAACAAGAACCAGGAACAAGCUCUCAGUCAAGAGGCACAAACCGCCAAUUAUCUGUGAAUGUAUCACCCGAUGCGCAGUUGAUAAGGGACCAUAUUCCUCAUUUCGCAAGCUUGAUUGACAAGAAACAUCAGAAGAAUCAAGCAGGUACUGGCGAAGACCCUUUUGCAAAAUUUGUGGAGAACAGCGGCCGCAUAUCAGAAAGAGUUUUGGACCAAAAGGAAAUGUCUACUAAAGACAAAGCCUAUCAAGAUAUCCAAGACGCCCGCGGAUACAACACUUCCAAAUCCUAUUGCGUAAAGCAAGUAGAAUUUCUUCGGUUUUGCGAGAUGCGCUAUGCGAAUCGACCUCUCGCCACACGCCACCAGGCAACUGGCGACAAGCUACUUGCGUUUUUGUAUGAAAAGAUAAACAAAAAAAGCUUUUUAAAGAAGAAAAAGCACUUAAAACUAAACAAAUAUGUAAAGGUAAUCAACCGUAAAGUUCGAAAGUCUGGUACAAAACAUAUCAAAGCACUAGGCAAUAGUGCUGAAGAAGAAGUUAGUGAAAUCAACAAAACUGACGCAAUACACAAAAAAUAG